AUGAGGACGGGGAAAGCUCACUUAGCAGUUGCCAUCACAGAGCUGCAAGUCCUACUUGUCAUCACAUUCAUCACUGUGUACGUAUUGACACUAGCAGAGAAUAUGGUCACUGUUACAAUGAUCUGUAUUAGCUACUGGCUCCAUACCCCUAUAUACUGCGUCUUCAGCAAUCCCUCCUUUCUGGAGAUGUGGUAUAUGACAGUUAUUGUGCCUAAAAUGCUUAGUGGCUUACUGACAGGAUGCAAGAUCAGCUCAUUUGCAGGGUGCAUGGCCCAGAUCUACUUUUUCAAUGCACUGGCCUGCACUGAGUGUCUGCUUCCAGCUGUCAUGUCUUAUGACUGCUUUCUGGCUAUUUGCAGCCCCUUGCUCUGUCCAACCAUCAUGACCCACAAGCUAUCUUAGUUGCUGGUUCUUGGAUGGGAGGUUUUACCAGUUUCAUACUCAUUGAUGAAGGUACUCUUCAUUUCACGCUUGAAUUUCUGUGACUCAAUCACCAACCAUUUCUUCUGUGAUAUAUCAUCCCUGCUCAACCUUGCCCACAAAGAUACGUCAAUGGUAGAGACAGUAGUUUUCAUUCUGGCAUUGAUUAUAGUUCUCAUACCAUUGCUUGUGGUGAUGGCCUCUUACUUCUGCAUAGCAGCUACUAUAAUGCGGAUUCCCACAGCUCAGGGCAGGUGGAAAUGUGUUUCAACCUGUGUUUCUCACAUGGUAGUUGUUAUAUUUUACGCUACUGCUCUGUUUACCUAUGCCCAGCCUAAGGCCAUGGGUGUCUCUGAUUCCAACAAGAUGGUGUCAGUUCUAUAUGUAGUUGUAGUACCUUUCUGCAACACUGUCAUUUACUCCCUGAGGAACCAAGAUGUCAAAGAAGUACUAAGAAAAAUAAUAAAUGGCAGAAAUGUACUCAACAAGAGGAGUUCUGUGUCCUUAAGAGAAAGCACAACAUAA